GUUUGAUGAGAGCAUUUUAUCUGAAUGGAAAUCAGUGCAAAUGAUCUCUUAUCCCUGUCGAAAAAACAGCAUCUGCUUGGUUAGGAAUGUUUUGAUGCUGGUUUGACCAGCUUAAACCAGCCAAGGAUCAGCACAUGAACAUCUUGAGCAGAUGACCAUCUCAAACCAGCACAAACGAGCAUCAAAACAUACCAACAACAGGAAUGAUAGAUUCCCGUAUCAUUGAGUAUAUUAACAGCAGUGUGAACUGCAGCGUUAACUAUCGUUUACACUUAGUUUAAAACAAACAUCCUUUCAGGCAAAUGCAAUGGGACGUAAAAACGCUAGAGUAUGAAUAGAUGCACGCGCUAAUGUUUAUCAGGCAGCAGCAUUCCAGCGCGCGGGUAAGUAGGGCUAAUCCCCGUGACGUCACAUAGGGUGGGGGUGAGUCCAUCGGAAACACGAGAAGUGUCGCUUUCAGAGGAGCAUGUACCAACAUGCCCACAAUACGGGACUUCCAAGUCAACUGUGGCUAUAUAAUAAAGUCGGAAAUGGAUCUUUAACCAGGCGUCUGCCGGCACUGCAGCGACGAUAUGUCAUAAACAAGAACCGGUUAGUGGAAUCACUUUUAGCGUUUCCAGUUAAAAUCGGCACAAAUGAAGCUUUAAAUUCGGUAGGCGCGCACCGGUUUUGCGCGUUUGCGUAAAAUCUUCCAUUAAACGGCAGCGGACGCGUCACCUUCGGGAUUCACACCAACAACUACAGAUUGUUUUUUGACGUUUUCACGCUUCACUCACAAUGAGCCUGACUAAAGUCAUGAAGGACGGCUAUUUGGAGAAGAGGAGCAACGGACUUCUACAGCUGUGGAAGAAGAAGCGCUGCGUUCUGACGGAGGACGGUAUCCGUCUGUAUGACUGCAAAGGCGAGAAAGAGUUGCGCUUCGAGCGGAUGGGCACGCUGGAUUGCGUGGAGUACACACGGGGUCUGGUUUACUUCACCAUCGUGAUGAACGACGGCAAGGAGAUCGACUUCAGGUGCCAGCAAGAGGGAACGGCGUGGAACGCGGAGAUCGCGCUCGCGCUGGUGCGCUUCAAAAAUCGCGUCGCCGUUCAGACCGGCAGGAACAGACAUAUGUCACAUCUGGGCAGCUGCGGGGAGGGAGACGUCGAGCUAUAAGGAAUAUCUCAGCUCACACGCAGACUGAAUCCAUGAAAGAGAGACUGAAUGCUGAAGAAAGACUUAUUCUGAUUCUCGACCACAAAGAAGUUUGAAGACUCUUUUGUACUUCCACCAUAUUUUUUAAUCACCUCCACGCCUUUUUGUGUGAACACGAACAAUGUGGAUGGAAUCGUAUCCGUUGGUGUCAGUCGGCACGGAGAAUCUCUUAAACAGUGGAAUUAUUUUGCUCGCACGUUAGUUGCAGAAGCCACUGGAUUGCUCAACCCUUAAUUCAACGCAUGCAAAUGUCACAUUGAGUGGAUUUUAGUGAACACUUUGCAUUUUUCAAGAGACAUUUACCUCGCGCCAAAUGGAGGACAUUGUUUUGCAUUCACCCAGCAGUAUUAUAAAUCAAAGCAUGAUGCCGCUUUAGAAGACAUUCAAUGAAGUAUGAUUCACGGCCCCUGUGCCGAACUGUUAAACAUUUCAGAAGUGCUUGGAAACACAACCUGGAUUCAUUCAAUCGUCCUUCAAGGGUUUUUAAACACAGCAGGAAGACCGGACUGCUGUUUUUUGGAACGUAUCCCAUGGAUGAAUGGAAGACUUCAUGUUGGUUUCUGUUUGGCAACGUUGUUAUUACUUUUACACAGUUUCUCCAUAUUCUCUAGCUUUCAUAGCCUGAACAGCUACCAAAGUUCUGUGCUCUUCUAAGGAAAGGAAUGUUUUUUGUAUAGCAGACACAUUGUUCGAAUAAAUAAGAUAAUUUGUGGCUUUGUA